GGCUGGUUAUCAGUUACAGUCUUGAACUCUUGAUCAACUUCAAUUAUCAAGUUAUCUUUAGGGUUUUAAAUUUUUUAGCAAAUUAUUAGCUAGUCUAGAAGUUUUUUUCUCACGAUUUUGAAGUUCCUCCAUCAUGAGUAACGGUAUGACCAUUUCCAUUGUCAAGCCGAAAACAAGCAUAUUAGAUAAGUCGCUGAGUAAGGGCAAAGGAGAAGUUAGUUUAACUUGCUAUGCCCUGUUAUUUUCUGAGCUUGUCCAGUAUUGUCAGAAUCGAGUCUAUUCUGUUCCUGAACUUCAAAACAAGUUGGCAGAAGUUGGUCAAGAAAUUGGCAUGAAACUUGUUGAUCUCAACUUUGUGCGAGAGAAAAAUUACAAAAGAGAAAUCAAAUUACUAAAUAUGCUGUUAUUUAUCAAGUCUAGCCUGUGGAAAAGUAUGUUUGGCUAUGAAGCUGAAAAACUAGAGCAUGCAAAUGAUGAUGAGCGAACAUAUUACAUAAUUGAAAAAGAUCCACUUGUGAAUCGGUUCAUAUCAGUGCCCAAGGACAAAGGAAGUCUGAACUGUGCUGUUUUCAUUGCUGGUAUAAUUGAGGCUAUCCUUAAUAGCUGUGGUUUUGCGGCCAAGGUGACAGCUCAUUGGCACAAGGGCACUACCUAUAUGAUUAAAUUCGAUGAAUCAGUGAUCUUACGAGACAAGCAAAUGGAAGAAAGAUAAAUGUUGGCUCUACCACUGUUUCCUGCUGUUUCUUCCGAAACCUCAGCACUCAAUUGAAAGCAAGGUUUCUAUCAUAAAUUGUUAUCUACGGAUGCAUUUUAUCAAAACUAAUAAGUAUCUGAGAAAAAUUAGACAGGCAUUAAAAAUGGGAAAAAGAAAUAUAUUUGUUCCUUCUUGCAUUUACUCUUCACAGAACCAAUUGAGUCAUCAUCUGGAAAGUAGGAGUGGACCUUGUAAAAUUGUAUCUUAUUUCAGCUAUUGCUUUUUUAAGUGGUCCUUGAAAAAUCAUCCAAUCUCCUUUAUAAUUUGACUGAGUUGUAUUUGAAAAGUAAACAUAAUUUAGUCUGUAAAGAAAAACGCUUAAGAGAAGCUUUCAGGAGUGCAAUUUGAUCGUAAAAGCUAUAGAAAUCAGCAACUUUGAGAUUUUGGCAAAGUGAAGAGAACCUCUAUCUUGGAGAGUAAAGUUGCUACUAAUUUAGUCUGUAUUUUUCCCAAGAGAGGUAUACUAGAUGCAUUUUCUGAGGUGAGGUCAGUAUUCAGAAAUGGGACUGCUUUGGUUGAAUUGUGCCAAAGUUUGAAAAUAUUUUGAAGAUUUCAGGUUAAAUUGUAAAAAGCACGCAUAAUCCAUUCAUUGUCAGGUUAUAGAAUAACAACUACCGGAAGGGUAACCAGGCAAACAGUAUGGGGCAUCUUUGCUCUUGACUCUUGAAAUUCUCUGCUUGACCAGCUGCUCCAAGUUUUCUUGCCAAAAUGUUUCAAGUCUCAUCCGUAUUUACCCUGCUGCCCUUUAAUUACCUCUUUUUUUUUAAAUUUCAUGUGGAAAUGGUGCAAAACCAGCUCAAAAAAAGUUCUGUUGUGAGGUGUUGGAUUGAAGCAAAACAACUAAAAUUAGGCAGUUAUUAUUCCAAUGUACUUGCAUUCCUCUUUGUUUUGUUUUGUUGUCACAUGAUGAGAAAAGUAGUGAGCUGAAUGUAUUGAAGUGUUUGUCACUUUAAUAUUUUUUUAAAAUUAUCAUAAUACGUAGUGUUUAUUCCUGUAAGUGCAAAAUUUGAUUUUUGUUAAAUUGAGCCUCUAAUUGAAACUAAUUCUUUGGAGCAGUAACCCAAAAAUCAAUUUAAAAACAAUUGGACUACAUUUCGCAACAAGGAACUUUUAAUCUUAGCUCUUUUCACAAAGAAUGUAUGUGUCUUAAAUUUUCUAUGCAGAUAGGUGCUUUUGUGGGUAAGUCAGAAAUUGUAUCACAGAGUUCUAUCAACAAUGACUCAUUUUGCAAGUAAAUGCUUCAAUUAUUUUACUAAAAUGAUGUAAUACCAUUGAGGGCCAUAACUUUAAGAUGCCACUCAACAAAAACGAUACAAUUUCAAUGCAAUUCUCCAGCCAAUAAAUAUUUUUAUGAUGGUUA